AUGGAUUCCAAAAACGUUUUCCUUAUCCUUGGUCUAUUGGCCAUGGUUCUUGUUAUUUCCUCACAAGUGUCAGCUAGGGACUUAACCGAGACUUCAACUAAUACAAAAGAGGAAGUUGCUGAAAAGUCAAAUGAAGUAAAUGAUGCCAAAUAUUACGGUGGAGGUUAUGGUCAUGGAGGCUAUGGUGGAGGCUACGGCCAUGGAGGCUAUGGUGGAGGCUACGGUCAUGGAGGCUAUGGUUACGGUCAUGGUGGAGGUUACGGUCAUGGCGGUGGAGGUUACGGUCAUGGCGGUGGUGGUGGAUACAACGGUGGUGGUGUUUCCGAGAAUGAAGUGGUUGAGAAGUCAAAUGAAGUAAAUGAUGCCAAAUAUGGACACUACGGAGGACACUACGGAGGACACUAUGGCGGUGGUCACUAUGGAGGUGGACACCAUGGUGGUGGACAUUAUGGUGGUGGUGGUGGACAUGGUGCUUCCGACAAUGGCAACUAG